AUGAAUCCUUCAUUUAAUGAAUUAAACAAUUUACCAAAUGAAAUUCUUGUUAAAAUGUUAAAAUAUUUAAGUCAUUAUGAUAUACUGUAUUCGUUUUAUGAUAUUAAUGAAAGAUUUAAUUCAAUUAUUAAGAAUUAUUUUUUAAAAAAUAAUUUAACAUUAAUAAUUAAUAAUGAUUCAUUAAUAUCAUUUGAUAAUAAAAUAUUAGAAAGUGUAUAUGAAAUAAUACCAAUGAUUGAAAAUAAUAUUAAAUGUAUUAAUAUUGAUUCAUUAAUUAUAGAAAAUAUUAUUGAUCGAGCAAAUUAUCCAAAUUUAAAACAAGUUACUAUUUAUACUUCAUUACAAGAAUCAAUUAAUAUAUUUAUUGAUGGAAGCUUGUUUAUAAAAAUAUUUGGUCAAAAAAUUGAAAAAUUGAUGAUAAAAUCUCGAAGAAUUUUAAAACCAAUUAUCAAUACAUUUGGUGAAUAUGAUAUACUUGAACACAGAGAAAUAUUACAAGAUUUAUUCAAAAAAAUAGAAGUUAUUUCUUUUUCAUCUAAUAUUACUCAAUUAUAUGUUACAGUUAAUCAUUUUAAUGAUUGUCUUUAUAUAUUAGAUGGAAGUUUCAAUCAAUUACAAAAAUUUUAUAUUAUCAUUUUUGGUACUGGUGAUUUACCAUCAACAGAUCAUGUAGAAAUUGAAAUUUCUAAUAUAAAAUGUUUUUCUAUUAGAUACAAAAAUAAAAUAUUAAAUUAUGAUCGUGGUCUGAUACCACUUUUACAUCGUAUGAUUAAUUUAGAAGAAUUUCAUAUACAUUUUAUUAAAACUACUUUACCAAUAAUCGAUGAACAUAUAUUAAAAGUUGAAUUUAUUGAUAAUAUACCUAAAUUAAAAAAAUUUAUUUUUAAUAUUGGAUCAUUAACUUAUCUUGGUAAUCAACAUUAUUUAUCAUCAAAUGAAAAUAUUAAACAUUCAUCUAAAAAGUUUCAAAAUUCUGAAAUGAUAUCAAAUAUUGAUUAUUUUGAACGUACACGAUUCCUUUAUUCUCAUAUUUAUUCACAUCCAUACACAUGGGAUUUUUAUCAUCAUAUAUCAAAUAAUUUUCGUGGUGGUUUAUUUAAAUCUGUUCGUAUAAUAUCAUUAUUUGAUGAACAACCAUUCGAACACGAUUUUUUUCUUCUUAUUGCUCAAUCAUUUCCAUAUUUUAGUAGAUUAAUUUUACAAUUUCUUAAUAAUAAUAAAACAUGUUUAUUAAAUGGUAUUUAUCUUAAUAUAUCAUAUAAAUUAUUAUUAAGACAAACAAAUAAUUUUACAAAAGAUGAAUAUCGAACAAAUUGUUCAAAAAUAAAUUAUCUCAAAUUAAAAAAUGAUAAAGAAGAUUUAAUUAACGAAAAUUUAAUAAAAUAUUUUCAUAAUGCAACAAUUGAUUAUUAUCAUUAA